GAAACUUGCACGAUGCUCCUAAGCACCUUGCUCUCACUACUACCCUUCACCUACGACCCCAUGAUCAGUAUCUUCGAUAAGAUUGGUUUCGAUCUAGAUGUCAUUGGCAGACAACGCGAGAUAGCUUUCAUAGAAGAUCAAGCAACGACAGAAUACACGAAAGCCGGCAUGAAUGUCAACGUCGCGGUCUGGAAUAUGCAUGUUCCAGUACGCUACAGUUUUGAUGACAAAAUAGAAUCGGGAUUCAAGCCGAUGGGGCGUGGAGGUGGGUUCAGAGUUGUCGUGUUUCGCGGCGGUGGGUACAUCACGAAUCUCGGCUCUGGAGGGCCUGACAAUUGGCUUUGUACUGGGAAUACAAUCGAGCGGGGCAACGUUGUCGAAUUCAGGCCUGUGGAACGCUCUUAUACUGGCUCAUUCUCUGGUCAUUACUUUGGUGGGUUGCAAUUACCAGAGUUCAUAUAA